AACAGUCUCUGGUUUACAAUUGCUGUACCCGGAAGACAGCUGCAGUCAAUGGGAGUGUCAGCAAGCUAGACGUCCAGCAUCAGAAUCUGCAGCGCUUUUAGUUCUGUGCCGGGAGGGGAUUCUUCCCGCUCGGGGAUUGGAGUGUGACCCUGCUGCCGAGAGCCUGCAGAGUUACGGGUUGUGCAGCCAAACAGGAAAAGGUGUACCUUUUUAGAGCCACCCUAUUGCUGUCUUGCACCCUAGCAUCUUUUAGGUGUUCUCUCUGAAGUGCAGAGUCUUACUGAAAACUAGCAAGCUUGCCUGUGGUGGCUGGGUUGGGAGAGAACCCUUAUCUUCUGGGGCGUUGAGGUUUUAAUUAGUAUUGUUCUGACUGCGAGAGGAUGGAGUGUUACAGCAAAGAAUGAGCAGAAAAGAUGUGGAGUGGGCUGCUACCUCCUGGCCUAAAUGAAAGUGAUGUUGAGUUGAAUUCUGAUGAUGAAGCCACAGUAGAGAGCUCUGAACUUAACUUACAGGAAGGUAAAGAAGAUGGGACCAUUACAAACACAGAGGUCUCAGAUAUCCCUACAGAUGGACCAAAAACUGAAGCAGAGGCAAAUGUAAAUGCGUAUGAAGAGUGUCCCUCUGGAAUUCCCUUAAAUAUGUGGAAUAAAUUUCAAGAACUGCAUACAAAACAUUCUGAACAGAAAACCUCAACUUCAAGAUCCAGAAAGAAAAAAAGAAAACGCUCCAGAAAAGGUAAAUUGAAGAAUGAAGAAGAAUCUCAAAGCGAACAGUCCUCAAGUGAAACCCAGUGGAAGGAGCUUACUCAGUAUUUUGGAGUCAACGAUAGAUUUGACCCCCCUGUUAAAAGGAAAAAAAUUGAAAAGUCGGGCCUUGAAAAGAGCAUAGACCAGGCUGUGGAAGAGUGGAACAUUGAGAAGGCUGAGGAACUCAGCAAUCAGCUAGCUACUCGAGAGCUUGGUGUAAAAAUUGCUAAAGCGAUUGCCUGCCACAACUUUGUAAAAGCCAAAAAGGAUGCUGAAAAUUCACAGGUUGCUCGAAAAAAGAAGAAACUUGCCUGGGGGUUUGAAGCAAAGAAGAGGUGGGAAACCAAAAGCAACAUGGGAUAUAUGUGACUUGCCAGAGUUCUUCAAGACCUUUGAGACUUCACUUGAGUCUUCAGUUGCUUAAUUUACUGAAAAGAUUUUCCUGUUCAAUGUGAACUAUGUCGGGAAAUUGUUGGAAAUAGAAAAAAAUAAGCAUAAAAUUUGGAAGUUGAUUAUCAAAUCUUUUUUCAGUCUUUUUCUAAAGAGCUCAUCCUGCUGAAGUGAAUGAAAUGGAGCAUUCUGUUAUUUGUACAAGAAAUCUAAGCAUACAUACAGGAAAAAAAAAAAAGAUAGGAUUUUAUUUAUCUGUUUAUAUAGACCUCCAGUAUAAAAUCAAUUUUACUUUUCAUCCACUUGGUGUAGCAUAGCCAAUGAGCUCCUUGUACUUUCUUACCUGUACUCAGUGUAACUUCACUUAUUCUGGAGCUGUGUUUUUAAGAUUGGCAUUUGUUUAUAAUGGAUUAGUCAUAAGUGCAAGAAAGAUACUGUCUUUACAAAUGACUUUAUCUUAAUGUUAUAAAAGUAAUUAUUGGUUCUUUAUUGGAGACAGUAGAGUUGAUAUUUCAUAGUCACAUAAGAAAAGCAAUUGAUUAAUUUUUGUGUACCUUCAGAUUAAGUAUCACAGUUUUUAGAAA